AUGGCGACAUAUGUUGAUGAUGAUCAACGCGGUGAGCGUUCGCCGUGUGAGAUUCUUACGGCGAGGUUGAUCGCCGCUUAUGGCGAUAAGGAAACAAGAGCGAGGCGAGGAGCAGAAGAAGAAGAGAGAAACAGAUUCCUGCUCGACACGAUACUUUCUUUCUUCGGAAAUCGACAAAACCCUAACCACCAUGAUGCUUCUUCUUCAAAUAAGUCCUCCGUCGCCUCCAAGAGGCGUCUUCUGGUGUCCGACGACGAACCUAUCAGAGAAACAAAGCCUAAUUCGGUCAGAGGAAAGUCGGUUAAAGGUUUAACGAAGGUCCUCCGGGGAUCGACCUCCUCUUCUCAAGGGUAUGAGAAUGAGAACAUGGAGGUGGCUCCAUACGCCGAAUCUUUCUUGGGAAAACGAAAGAUUGAUGAGUUCGAGAGCCAACAACAAAACCCUAACCGUCAUGAUGCUUCUUCUUCAAGUAUGUCCUCCGUGGAGUCCACGAGGAGUCUUAUGGUACCCGACUACGAACCGAUCAGAGCAGAGCCGAUUAGAGAAAUAAAGCCGCCGGUCGGAAGAGGGCCGGUUAGAAAGGAGCCGGUCAGAAGAGAGAGGGCGGUGAUGCCGGAAUGGGUGGUUGACCGGAUGAGAAAAGAGAACGCUACGGAUGCCAAGCUGGUCAUCGAGAAGGAUCUUAAGAUGAGUGACCUCAGUACACAACAAGCUCGUCUCUUGAUUCCGUUCAACCAAAUGGAGGAGAUGGACUUCUUGAACGAGGCAGAGCAAAUCAUCAUAGAGCAACAGCGCAGAAAGACACGUAAAGACGGAGUCCCUGUGAACUUGGUGGAUCAAAGUGGUAACAAGUGGAUGCUUAACCUCAAGAGAUGGGAUAUGAAGACCAGUUGCAAUUACGUUCUGAAUUCUGGAUGGAACAGUGUCAACCUCCAUAACAGGUUUGAAGAAAAGCAGAUCAUUCGCCUCUGGUCCUUCCACUCCCAACGCGGGGAGCAGGAGCUCUUCUUUGCUCUCGAGAUCGUUCCGCCGCAUCCAGCUCCGGCCAUGGCUCUAGCUCCGGCUUUGGCUCAAGCUCAGGAUCCACUUCCACUUCCCGCCGCAGCUUCCUCUUCAGCUCUUGCUCUGGUUGUGACGACUGGAGAUUCUGAAGAGCUAUGUAUAGGUGAAGAAGCUAGUCGCAUCAAGGCCCAGGAGGAGAUGUACAGGAUGCUCACUAACUUUCCAAAGAGAAGGAGAGGGUCUAACCAGCAGUAUCCGUCUCAGAUAUGA